GGCCGAGAUGGCGGCGCCCAGUAACUCGGUGCUGCAGUCCGCGGCAGUGAUGAAUGAGCUGGUCUGGAACAGUAAGGAGGAUGAUUUGUUCUCGGUUGUCAUGGUACCGAUCCGGAACCUGACCACAGCAUUCCGGGAGCAGCAGAAUAGGGAGGAAGCCACACAAUCUGUGUUUGAAGUAUUUGCACACAUCCUGACAAGACAGUUGGCUGCAAUAAAGGUCUUCACUGAGAAUUCUGAAAGUGGCAAGGAUGAACAACAUGAAACUCAUUUGCAGCUUAUUGCUGAAUGUUUCCGAUGUUUGAGAAAUGCCUGUAUACAAUGUAUGAAGAACCAGUCUUAUAUAAGAACUGCAGGACUGAUUGAUCCAACAAUUGAAAUUCUCCAGCUUCUUCACAGGUCAAGAGGUGGUGAGAGUGAUACAUUGUCAGCAGCUUUUCAAUGUGGUCUUCAGUUCCUUGGAAACCUAGCAGUUGGCAAUGAGGAAUCCAAGGAUGUCAUUUGGAAAAAUGCCUUUCCAGAUCUGUUCCUGAAUUUUCUGAAUCAUUUAGAUAAGAAAACUGUCACCUAUUGCUGCAUGGUUCUGUUUACUUGUCUUAAUGCUGAGAGAACAGCGGAUCUACUAAACCACACAAAAGGGAUUGAACUGGCGGAAUCUGUUGUCAAAAUCUGCAGGAAAGAGCCAGAACUGGACUGGGCGUUUCUUAUUGUAACAGAGCAGUUUCUGAAAUGUCCAGAUUUAGUGUCGGUUAUGUACACAAAAUGGAACAGUCGGGAAUGGAUUCUCAUUUUGGAGCUAAUAUCCAUGAAGCUGAGUGACAAGAAUCAGAAGUCUCCAGCUGGCAGUGAUGACCCGACUGUUCCCGACAGACUAAUGCAAAUUUUGGCAGCCUGCUUCAUAGAGAAAUGCAUGGCAGUGUUGAAAUAUGCCUCUGAUACUGAUACAGAAGAUGAGGAGGCUCUUGUUGUGAUCAGGCUUCUUGAUAUCCUCUGUGAAACAACCUCAAACCAUGAAAAAUUCAGCUUUUUGCAGAAUUCACCUGGUCUGGUGGAGAAUACUGUUAAACUUUUGUAUGAAACCCACCUUGCAGGAAAGCAAAGCAGAAAUAUUUUUACUGCAUCCCAGUCAUUAUCACUUGCCAGUCAAGCCACUCAUCCAGCUGUUGGAUUUAAAGCUCAUCUCAUCCAUUUGAUUGGAAAUCUUUGCUACAACAACAAGGAAAACCAAGAAAAGGUUCGUCAUUUGGGAGGCAUUCCGCUCAUCUUGGACAACUGCAACAUUGAUGAUAAUAACCCUUUUGUGAGCCAAUGGGCAGUUUUUACGAUCCGAAUCCUUACAGAAAAGAACACGGAGAAUCAAGAAGUGAUAUCCCAGAUGGUACAUCAAGGUGUAGCGGAUAAUGCUAUGCUAAGCAGCAUGGGAUUACAGGUGCAAGAAAAAAAUGGAAAACUUUACGUCAAGUCGCAGGAAAAGUGUGGAUAGCUGCAUGGAGAGAAUCAUUUGCUAGAAAAUAUUUUGACAACGUGGAUCCAUUUUCCCAGUCAUUUGGCACACCAAGAGGAAAAUAUAAAUGAACAAGAUGAAAGCAGUGAUGGAAAAUGGUUCUGUGUUUAAAAUACAGUGUUAUUUAUUUCUCCCUCUAGGUAGUCAACAAUCUGGUAUCAAGAGUCUCACAGUACUAUGAUAUGCAGGUUAAGUGCGACUGGUGAUAAGUAUGUUAACUAUACACGAGAAUAAUUAUCUUCAACUUAACCAGAUUGAAAUCUGAUUAGACAAUAAUGUUCUGAAUUAUAUAUAAUUAAUCAUGGGUAUAAAAAUUGAUUUGAGUUUCUGCAAACCCAUGUCAAACAAUAGAACAUUGAACAUUUCACAAAGAUGCUGAUUAAUGUAGGAAGCUAAAUCAGAAGAAUUUCUGUACUUAGUAAGAUUUGAACUUGUAGGGAGAUAUUAGCAUUUUUUCAAAUUCACACAAAAUAUUUUGUCAUUAUAACAAUGAAAUUGAGUGUGAUGAUCUCAAGAAUUAAACGCUGUUAUUAUUCAUGGAGACUAUUUUCAUUCAUAGUCGUCUUGCAAGACCAUGGACCUACGCCUGGAAAGUCUUCACUCUCCAGGACGCAGGCCUGGGCAAGGUUGUUAUGGAAGACCAGCAGUUGCCCAUGCUGCAAGUCCCCCCUCUCCACGACACCGAUGUUGUCCAAGGGAAGGGCAAGGGCUGAUACAGCUUGGCACCAGUGUCGUCGCAGAGCACUGUGUGGUUAAGUGCCUUGCUCAAGGACACAACACGCUGCCUCGGCUGAGGCUCGAACUCACAACCUUCAGAUCGCCAGUCGAAUGCCUUAACCACUUGGCCACGUGCCUACACUUCAUAGUCGAGAUGUGCUUAUAAUUAUUUAGUAUAAAUGUAUUCACAUAAAUAUUUAAUCAGUCUUUCAACUAUUCAUUAUUUACAAUAACUGUUGCCAUUAUUGAAAUAUUAUAAUAUUGUUGCGCUAAAUCACAUAUUCUAAACAAAGUUGGAGAAAGGUUUCAGUAGCUCUAUCUGCUAAUCAGGUUUAGGUGAGUAAUAAAGCCUUGUUAAUUGGAUAUUUUGUUGUCAGACAGUUUGAAUCAUCAUGAUAAUUAAAUAUGUUUUCAGGUUUAGGGUUUAAGAGGGUGUCUGUAAUUAUGCAGUAGAAUUAUAAAGGGGGUUUGGACUGAGAACCUGAAAUUGCUGAAAAUGGUGGAGGCAAAAUAGAUAAGGUUCUCUCUGGCUAUUAUAAGAGGAUUGAAAAACUGAAAAUGUCCUGUGUAUAAAUCAUUCCCACACAUACACACUCUUCUCUCAUUCCAUUUCCCACUGGACCCUUCCUUCACUGCUGCCUUUAGCAUAUACCUCACAGCAACUUCUGCCUUUGUUCAUUUCCACCUCCCUUGCCUGACCUGGUGUUCUUGAGGGAGCGGGACAUAAAUGAUCUGCAGUGCUGUGAAUGAUAUUGCUCAAUAUGAGAUAGUGGCCAGGGAGAUUAAUGAGGGGGAGGAAUGGUGAGGGACUAGGACAUUACAACGAAAGAAUAGGAGCAGGAGGUGACCAUCUGGGUCUUAGAGCAUGCUCCACGAUUCAGUAAGAUCAUGGUUAAUCUGGCUGUGGGCUCAGCUCCACCUCCCUGCCUUUUCCCCAUAACCCUUAAUUCUUUGGUUAUGUGAAAAUCUACCAAACUGAGUCUAAAAUGUAUUUAAUAAGGUGGCCUCUACUGCUUCAUCGGGAAGAGAAUUCCACAGAUCCACUAUUCUGUGAGAAAAGCAGUUUCUCCUCAUCUCUAUCCUAAAUCUGUUCUCCCGAAUCUUGAUGCUGUGUUCCCCCUAGUUCUAGUCUCACUUACCAGUAAAAACAGCUUUCCUGCCUCUACCUUAUCUAUCCUUUUCAUAAUUGUAUUUGUUUCUGUAAAAUCCCCUCUCAUUGUAAUGAAUUCCAGUGAGUAUAGCCCCAGGUGACUCAAUUUCUCCUCAUAGGUUAACCCCCUCAUCACUGGAAUCAACCUAGUGAACCUCCUCUGUAUCCCCUCUGAAGACAGUAUGUCUUUCCUCAUAAGGAGACUGGAACUGUACACAGUACUCCAGGUGCAGCCUAACCAGUACCCCGUACAGAUGCAGCAUAACCUUUCAGUUCUUCGGUUCAUUCCUCUAGCAAAGAAGAAGAACAUUCCACUU